AAUGGUUGGGGUCAUGCGAGACGAUGGUAAUAAACGUUAAGCGUCUUUGUCUUCAGCUCCAAUAAUAACUCUGAAGGUUAGGGCCAUCAAUUGUUACCAGAAAUAAAUCACCCAAAUAUGAACAACACGUAUGCAAUGGAACUCUUCACUGACGUAUGAUUAAUACAUACAUACGAACAAUUGUAAUGAUGCUGUCUACCGAUCAUACUGUUGCGGCUUACUGCUCUUCUCCUGCUUUAUGCCAUUCCACGCUCGUGGGUAAACAAAAGACCAAGAGCGCUGCCGAAAAUCAAGCGAUCGAAAACUAAAUCGCUGAACUGCAACACGAAGCGGACAAAACGAAAAACUCAAACGCUGUCAUGUUGAGAGCUCGAAUUUCGGUGGAGCCAGCUCUGGGUCAACUGUGAGGAGCUACAAUUGAAAUGUGGUCAGUCGGUGUAUGAUUGAAUGCAGAUCGAAAUUUUUAGCUUUUUCAACGCAUGAGCUGUGGAUAGCUGCGCUUAUAUGUAAGUGCCCUACGGUGGGUCAGACGAGCAGAAGCUGUGCUGUGUGGAGCGAAGCGAACGAAUGAGCGCGUGAGCGAUCUAGGACGGUACUAGCGAGUCGGCAAGAGCCAUACAUGAGAGUAUAGAAGUAUUGGUGCCAAAGUCCAUACAUACAAAGUCGGAGUUACGGAUCUUGAAGCGGAGACCUUUUUUAAUUGUGCGCGACGCAUUGCUUACUCCCUACGCAGCGACACGGCGCCAAUGGAAGACCGAAACUUUAUAAAAGUUUGAGCGCACCGAUAGUGCGCAGCAUUUGCACGGAAUAACUGACGGCACACGGUACGCGCUCAAAGUAGCAGUCAAUGAAGAAAUAAUAAAAUUAAAAGGUAAAAAAAAGUACAAAAAAGGUUGUUGGCUUUUUGUACGUGCGAAAAGAAAAUAAAAGUGUUCGGAAUUCAGUGUGGUUGUUGUACAAAACGUACAAAAAAAUAUAAUUUUUUUUUGGUAGUGAAAGAAGUCAAAAUAUCCAAUGAAUGUGUUCAACGUUUGAAGGCCAAAAACAACAACUAAAAAGUUAUACCUAUAUAAUAACUACAAAAACAACAAAUAACAACAACAACAAUACGCCGACUCUACUUAGAGACAAACUGUUUCGUAUGCGUUAAUUUGUGGCAAAGUAAAUGGUAAUUGUAAUAACAGCAACAACAACAAUAACAGCAGCGACAAUAACAGCAAUUGUCAAAACGGCUUAACGCAACACAAGUAAAACCAUCAGCAAUGAUAAGUAAACAAAUAUUUAUUUAAAUGAGCGCACGAUGAAAUGCCCAAGCGCUGCAUUGCUUAAUCGAUAACCACGAAAAAAGUAGAAAUAAAUAAAAACUACAUAAAUAAAUUACGAACAGUGCAGGCGGACAGAGAGUCGUGUCGACGAAUGUUUGGAAAAGACCAAAAAUCCACCGGAAUUUUUCAUCAAUUGCGUUAAUAUUCGGAACUAUUGAACGCUUUUACAUAUAUACUAAUAUAUACCUGGUAUAUACAGUAAUCUUUAUAAAAUAUAUAUAUCAAAAUAUUCCGUUAUUAACGUAGAACUUUUCGGGCAAACGUCUUUUCAGUGCACAAAACGAACGCCUGCUGCCUAGUUCUUGCCAAAAGUUAAGCGGCAAACAGCUUGAGCGCCAAUGUGUGAAGAAAGCGCAAGAAACUGAAAUACUUUUGACUCCUGCGCUUUUGCAAAAAAGUGAUUUAGAAACUAUUAGUGGAGUUUUAAGCGUGAUUUAAAACUUAUAAAAUAAAUUGAAAUAUUUUAAAUUAAUUUAAAAAAAUUCUGUAAAUUCGAAAAUAAUUUAUGAAGUGCCUGUACAAAUUUCGAUUAACUUAAAUUGCUUUGAGAAAAAAACUACUGCCAAAUUUGCUGUUGGGGUAUAUUUUAACCAGCAGAAGUGGACAUACAACAUUUGGAAAUAUUUCAUUAAUAUUCCUAGACAGUGUACUAUUACAAAGAUGGUCGCCAACGCGCCGAGCUUAAAGCACAACACGUCGCAUCAAAUUUUUCUAAUCUCAACUUGUUGCAUUAUUGCCUGCUUUCCACUUUUUAUUGUUGCACAACAUAAUAAUUCCGUUUACUAUGCAAACGUCAACGAUACCAACAAUCCAACAACACCACAUAUCUACAACAACAAUAUAAAUGCCAGCGAUAAAGCAUUUCCAGAGGAUAUAGAGUUAAAUCGAUCUUUGAACUCUAGCACUUACCGUUAUGAUGAGUAUGAAGACGAAUUGGAUAUGAAUUUUCAAGAUAAAGAUUACGAGGUGUACGAAUAUCUGCGACGCACUUCGGUUAUAUUCGGCUUGGCGAGUAUGGCGAAUGGCAGUAACGUUAAUACCGUUUGCAGUCGACAUAUGAGACACAUGCAACAGGGGAUACUGCGCAAAGAGCCAUGGGCCAUGAAAGUGCUCGACGCUUCGGCAACCAAACCUUCAGGUUUCGUUUUUGGUCAAAACUUUUGGCUGGGCAGCCGUGAAGCUUGUGGCGCCGUCAAAAACCCUGUCGCCAUUACGCUCUCAAAAAACUAUCAACGUAUCAUGCAUUAUGCCAUUAUCACCGAACGUGCACCCUUCGAUGUGGAUUAUCGAGUUGUCUAUUUGCGCCAUCAUUCACCCUGGCAGGUGGAGAUCAAAAUGAUGUCGGAGGAAAUUAUUCACGUUGGACUCUGUUUACCCACCGUUUGUGAAUCGCAUGAAAUCGAAGAGUUGACACGCGCAUAUUUGGAACGUGGUCUCUUCAUUGAGAAUGACAUAUACGAUAUACGACCACAGUUGGCUUAUGUGAAAGAUCUCAAGUUGAAUAAGAGUUUCUUCGAAAAGCGCACUUUCAAAAUGAUGUCUGUAUUUUUGGCAUUCACCAGCUUAAUGCUUUUAGUUGCGGCUUUUCUGCGCGUGAAGCCAGUUGUGGAGGCGAAAAGAGAUAAGAACUCGUCGAAGGUUUCGCAAGAAAGUUCGGUUGAUGUUGCACAGCAAUUGCUGCCUACUAAAGACAGCAAGGAACCGCUGAACUCAGUUUCGGGCCCUUCUGAUUACAGCGAGCACUCGAAUUUACGUGACUAUGUGAAAUGCUUUGAUGUCUUGGACAAUUAUGAAAAAAUGUUUACGGUGAGGGAAAAUGCUAAGCGUGAGAUUCCCGUUAUAAAUGGCUUGCGUUCGGUUUGUGCGAUGUGGCUCGCGGCCUUUCAUGUAUUCUGGUACAUGUACUUCACAGUGAACAAUAAGGCCUUUUUGAUUUCGUAUGCGGAACGGAUUUUCUUUCAAUAUGUCAGCUCGGCACCGCUCUUGGUGGAUGUCUUCUUCACUAUAAGUGGUUUCCUGCAGGCCUACAACUUUAUGCGAAACACUAAACAGAUGGAAACGAUCCGUGCCAAUAAUCUUUUACAAAAUGUGAAAUACUUCUUCAAGUUGCUCUUCCAUCGUUAUCUAAGACUUGGCCCGCUAUACCUAGUGAUGAUGGGCACAGUGGACUUAUUUUUCGCCUACAUCGCCGAUGUAUCGGUUUACCAUAUUAGCGAGCGUUUCGACGAAAAAUGCACGCAAUAUUGGUGGCGCAAUUUGAUCUUUAUACAAAAUUUGUUCAAUCACAAUGACAUGUGUCUCAAUUGGACCUGGUCAUUGGCGUGUGAGAUGCAAUAUUUUGUUCUAGCGACCAUUCUACUCUUCACCUAUGCAAAAAACCCACGCUUGGUGAAAGGUUUCACUGCGGCCAUUUUAGUUGGAACCAUUGUUUGGAGUUACUCCAUUGGUUUGGAUUCUAAAUUUCAACUGUCCUUUGACUCUGUGCUUGCCACGGGCACGGAUAUCUACAUCAGUCCCUUUGUACGCAUUCUGCCAUAUGUACUAGGCGCUGUUACGGCCUGGUAUCUGCUGCAGCGACAGUCCCAAAUCGACAUCAGCGAGUUGAAGGAGAAAUGCUUUUGGAAUUUAGCCAUUUUCGUAUUCUUCUCCUGCAUCUAUUCAACCGUCAAACGUGAUAUGUCCGUAUUUUUAUCAAUUACUCUCUUCAUUGUCGGUCGUUUACUCUUCUCGCUGAGCGUUUGUUGGAUGAUAGUGGGCAGCGCAACAGGACGUGGCGUUUGGUGGUCGCGCAUUUUAGAGGCCAAAGUCUUUCAGCACAUCAAUCGGGUGACUUACGGCAUUUAUUUGCUGAAUCCCUUCAUCAUAGCUUUCUUCUUUAGCUUGACUAAUGCGAGUACUAAUGCGGAUCCGCUGAUGAUGUGCGUGGUGACAUCUGGAUUUGUUGUUAUUAUUUACUUAGCCUCAGUGGUGUUCUCGCUAGCGUUCGAAAUGCCCUACUGCAAUUGGUCCAGCUUGAUGCUUAAAGGUGGCCGCAGCAAGCCAAAACGCCUAUAACUAUGCUACUAAGUGCUGAGGUUCAAUUAUAAAUCGUGGAUUUUGUAUAUAUAUUUUUGGCUAUUUUAUAGACGGUGUUAUUGUGGAUGCUAAGAAAUCGCGGCAUAUACGAAAAUAGUGCUGUAUAUGCUUUGUUUAUUCGACUACCCUUUUGAAAUGCCUUGGUCCACUUAAUUUAGUCUUUUUUUUAAUUUCAUAUUUAAUUCAUUGUGAUCAUAAUCCAUCCAAUUGGGUAAUUAUAUAAGAUAUUGAUAUUGUACAUAUAUAUGAUAGUAUGUAAUACAUAUAGACUAUUGUAUAUAUUUAUAUGUAUGUACAUAUGUAUAUAAGCUUAAUUUACAUGACAUAGUUUUAAAAUGAUGGCUUUAAGAGCUAUAACACAUAAUCCAAAUUUGCUCUUUCCAUUAAGUGCUGCAAUUGACACACAUACAUAUUAAUGUAGUUAUACCUGUAUAUACUUGUUUUAUGAUUCGAAGCAAAAAAUGCAGUUGCAAAAUUGCGACUUUUUUUUUUAAUUAAAUUUUUGUUAAUAUUUUAUUUUAUAACCGAAAAUAUGCUUAUGUUAAGUUAACCCCAUAAAAGAAGAAUAUUUGUGGUAUGUAA